AUGGAAGGAAUGUCCUUUUCUGAUACAUAAAUAGAUUAGGGAUUAAUUUUCUAAUAUAAUAGAAAGAGUUGGCUGAAAUCAAGAAAAAUGUUGGCUUAGCAAUUUACAAGUAAUGGUAGAAACAUUAAUAUGACAAUGCGAAAAAUUUCAAUUUUAAGAUGGCUCUAUAGAUAUUCUCACGUUCUUAAGAUAAUUGACUAACAAAAGCCUUCUUUGAAAGUGAUAAUAUAGGUAUUUCAGAUUUGGGUGUUGAUGUCAACAAGAAUAAGGAUAAGAUGGUGCUAUUUUUUUGAAUUUGUUAAUUAUUUUAAGAUAAUUUAUACAAAAGCUUUAAAAAAUUAACUAUUUUUCAUUUCUUUUAUCUUCUGGUGACAAAGAAUUUUUAAGAGUAUUGUAAAUUUAAAAAAAAAGAAAUAUAAAUAUUGCUGAAAUUGAUGUAAGAAUUCAAAAUCUAAAAAAUUAGCCUAAUUAAGAUAAUAUAUUAGGUACUAUCUUUAAAGAGGUUAUAAAUAAUAACAUCACCAAGGAAGAAGCUAUAAAUUAAUAUUUCAUUCUCUUAACUGUAAGGAUAAACUCAACUGGUCAUAUUGCGAAGAACUUUUGUUAUGUAUCGACCCUUUAUCCAGAAGUAUAAAAUAUAGACUUAGAGAAAAAAUUGUUCAGCAUAUUCCAUAAUUUAAUUAUUUAAGACCAUAAUAAAUGA